AGAUCAUAUAAGGUCGUGGGUAUAUAUAGGUCCUCUGUCCGCCUUCAAGUUGGAAGAAGUUUGAAAGCGAGCAUCAUAGUAAGACUUACACCAACGACUUAUCAGCAUCACCAAGCUACAUUCAAAGAAUCAGGUAUUCAAAAUACUCUUGCCAAGACCACUGUUAUAGAACCAUGUCUACAAAGACUGAGACAAUGACAACUUCAUCCUUCGAACUCGGCCAUCGUCCCUCUGGACACUUAGCUCCACCUCCUGACUACGAGACUACUGAAGCUGUAGAACUAUCACGCCUCUCGCCAGCUACGUCUUCUACAAACUCCCUUCCAGAAUAUACGACGCUAUACAACAAUGAAAACGGAGACUCAGCAUCGUCCUCUUCAACAUCUGGAUUUUAUCCUACAAAACAACUGCAGAUCCAAGCUCCUGGGUUUGCACUUAUUAGGCUUCCUCUACCGCCUCAGCCAGAUCCUAUCUAUGUCUUCAAUGUCGCAGCAACGGGAGAACUCGAUGAUGCAGAGUAUGUAUCGAUUCGGCCUACAAGAAACUCAGGCUCUUGCUUUCUUGCCAGGGCGAACGACCCUACACAAGCAGCUCUAUGCACGACCACAUACCGCUUUGGUCCAGGCAAGCCUCCCAAGAUCCGUUUUGUUGGGGAUGGAUCGCAGAACGGCCAGGCAGAGGAGAUCGAGAUCACCUGCAAAGGUGUUCUAACUCGCAGCACCAUCAUGCGCACUCAUCUCGGCACUUUCGAAUGGCGAUAUAGUUCCCGCGCCGAACGUCGAAGUGCAAAAGCCUCUGUUGGCGAGGAAAUCGAUUGUCUACUCAUUCUAGACCAAGUCAUGAAAGUGGCCGUGGCAGGAGGGAAGCAGGAAGAGAGAAGACGCAAGGUUGGGCAAUUCGUGCGUAGCGAUGGACUCCGUACUCAAGGUUCUAGGAGGAGCUCUGCUGGAAAUGGUGGACGGCUUAUGCUUGAUUUGCGUGAGUGGUUGGAUCGGAAAAACGAGGCAAUUGAGAUGGAAAUUCUAGCUGUGGUGAGUUGUGUGUCCAUGAUGAAGAAAGAAGUGGAUAGGCGAAGAAUGCAUCAGACUAUGGCCAUCAUGGGAGGUGCUUCUGGUGGAUCCUAGACUGUUGGGACGAAUAUGGUCCUCGGAUGAGAUUGAUACUAGUGAUAGACUGUUCGUAUAUUUUAGUUAUAGAAACCGACCUUCUGCUUUUCAAGAGACACUUUCGUUAAUUGUGGCCGGAUAAAUGCUAACCACCAAAUUAUAUUCCAUAUAACCC